AGUUGGAAGCGUAGUUUUCCCUCUAGUUUUCCUUUUUUUGCAUAACUCCGAGCAGGAAGCGACUCCAAGCGAAGCAUAAAUAAUCCCCUCUUUGAAAAUUAAUCCCGUAAGUGCGCGCAGAGCUGCGUAUGUCGUUUCUGUGCGGCGCCCGUCAAACACUCCUAUUAACGAUCGUCCGCAACGUGUAGAUCAGCAGUUUGCAUCGCUCAGCCUGUGGCUCAGCUUGCUGGCGAUUGAGGAGGUUGCCCAAUCUUUCCGGUUUCGACAGCGAACUGAUCGAAGUCUCUGCGGGGAUCCAUGGCCACGGAGGCCGUGCCUGUUGCCGAAGAGGCUCGGCCAAACGUUGACCUCGAGCUGGAGCAGCGUGUCAAAGGCACCUGCGGCCGCAUCUCGGAGAACGUGCACAUUUUCGCGAACGAGCCGUCGCUGGCGUGCUAUCGGCUGCAAGAGCAUGUCCGCAAGUCGCUGCAGCCGACCGUCGAGAGGCGUCUGCAGAUGGCCGAACUGCGGCAAGAGUUGCGCGGCAAGUGCUACGACUUGGACUACGCCAUCGCGGCGCUGCGUGGCUUCCAGCAGAGCCGCCAACAUCUGGCCAACGUGCAGGACCUGCUGCGCAACGCGGUCUUCAUGAAGCAGCAGCUGGCGCACCGCGAAGCACGCGCUGCUGCCACCAGUGCAGCGCAGUCGACCGGUCGCCGGCAGCAGUUGCUGCAACAGCAGCGACUGUCGCUAGACCUUCCUCAAAAGGCUGCCCGUCUGAGCAGCUCGCCAUCACUGGGGGCGGCUGACAUGCGGCUGGGGUCGCAGCGAUCAGCGUCCCCAAGGCGGCCUAGCGAUCAGCGUUAAAUUGUUAAUAGCCUGCGGAGGACGCAAGCGGGUAGUUUCAGCAUAGUGUAAACGCAGGAAAAAAAAAAAAAAAAAAACAAUGCAAGGAAACUCUAUGACGUAGAAGAGAGCAGCAGCGCUGAUGGCGACACCUAAUGACGCGGGGCUGAACUGAAAUUUUUGAGCGUGUGUUCUUCUGGGUUCAGAAAAAAAAAAAAGUAAAAACGAAACAGCUUCACGAUUAUUUCAUUUCCUACAGGUUUACACCAGCACAUAAGUAGUAGAUAUUUGCUGAUUGCACUAACAACAGUUGUUGUAUGUAGCACCACGGGAUGUCGUCACCAGUUCACCAUGCGUUUCAUCACUUACACAUUUGUGCCAACAAGCAUGUUUACACAUGCUGAAAUGCUCUGCAGACAAUGCCUUUUUCGUUGUGGUGACACUGACAUCACUCAGCUGUGCUUGUGGAAAGCGGACAGGAUGGUGCAUUUGGUUGCCUGCUGCACUCAGCAGUACCACACGACAGGAACCAAGAUGACGAAUGAUCGUUACCACUGUGACAGCCUUUGACCUGUGACUGGAACUAUAGCCACCCCAUUUGUUGAUGGUGUAAUCCCAUCAAAAUGUGGACAAACAGUGAACUUGGUGGUUGGUGAAGUUAAUCCAAGAACUGGCAGUAAAUGUGCACAACAUAAACAGGGAAAGAGUACAAGGCA